AUGUUAAGAAAUUUACAAAAAUCAAGAAUUCUAUCGUUUUUAAAUUCAAAUCCUUAUCCUUGGAAAGUAUUAAUAUUAGAUAAACAUACGCAAUCUAUUAUUUCUCCACUACUUAAAAGUAAAGAAUUGCGUGAUUGUGGGAUUACAGCAUACUUUCUUUUUUCAUCUUACAGACAACCUAUUGCUAAUACCCCUGCCUUGUAUUUUGUAUCUAACAUAUCCGAAAUAUCAAAGGAUGUACUAAACUCGUUAUAUUUUGAAUAUAAUAUACACUGUGUAAAUAGUAUACAACGUAAAGAUCUUGAAAGCCUAGCACUAACACUAUCUAAGAAAUGUGUAGCAAACCAGAUUACUCAGGUUUAUGACCAGUAUGUCGAUUUUAUUAGCUUGCAAGAUGAUCUGUAUACUCUUGACAUACCUGAUUCUUACUAUUUAAAAGAAUCUAGAGAAAUUUGGAAAAGUAUUGUAUCUUCUAUGUUAAGCAUAUUUGUUACAUUAGAUAGUGUACCGUAUAUAUUUAGUACAGAUGAAACUACUAACACUAUUUGUAAAAUGAUAAAAGAUAAAAUGGCUAAUAAUAAAUUAUUCGAUAACAAAAGUCAUAAAAGAUCACUAUUAAUAAUGGUAAAUCGAGACUAUGAUGUAUUUACUCCCAUACAACACGUUUGGAGUUAUAGUGCACUUAUGGACGAUUUAUUGGCUUUAGAAAAUAAUAAAAUCGUUAUAAAUAAUAAAACGUAUGAUUUAGAUCCCAGUGAUCCACUUUGGAAAGAUAAUCGAAAUGAAUACUUCCCAUUGGUAGUAGAAAAAGUAGAAGCGGCACUUCUUGAGUAUAAAAAAGAAAUGGCAUUGCGAAGUAUUGACAAUAAGAGUGAUAAAAAGGCCAUAACAGAUUUGCUAGAUAAAACGCCAGAACUCGCUAAGAAAAACGAAUCUGUAAAUUCUCAUAUAACAAUAUGUCUUGAAAUGGUUGAUAUUAUAAAAAAAAGGAACAUAGAUGAAUUUUACCGAAUUGAAAAGACUGGAUAUUCAGAUGAAGAACUAAUGACAGUUUCCGAAAAAGGAACAGAUCAAGAUAUUUUAAGAUUGGCGCUUAGUAUUAUUAACACUAAAGAUGGAAAUGUAGCAGAAGCAAUGUUAAAAAAAAGAAAUAUCAAAACUAAUGUAACAGAAUUUUUUAAAAAAUUUAGAACAAAAACAACAGUAGAAAAAAGCAAAUUUUUUAAUAUGGUAUCAUCUAUUAUGGGAAAUGUUCAGAAAUUUCUGCCUGUUAAGGAAAAAUCACCAUUGUCUGAUUUGGUAGAAAAUAUAUGGAAUAAUUCUAAAUCAGACGUAUUUAAAAUGUUUGAUCCGUUAAAUGUAGAUACAUUUAGAAAAGAAAAUGUGUCGAGUAUUGUUGUUUGUAUGGUUGGUGGUGCCACUUAUUCAGAAUUAAAAACGUUGAAAAAUCUGGAAGAAAAAAUAGGAAUUCCUAUUAUUUACGGAGGAACAGAAAUAUUGAAUAGUAAAAAAUUUUUAGAUCAAGUCGAGAAGUUAAUGAGAAAAUAA